UUUCGAGUCAUCCUGCAGUCAAAUUGAAUCGUAAAUACCCAAACCUGUUCGUCUUCUUCUCCCUCGCGUAAGCCUCCGCCUCUCCAUCCGCCUCCCACUCCCCGUCGCACCCCGCGGCGUCUCGCCAUGACCAAGACGUCAUAUCUUGGGCCCUGCCUGGGACUGUGAUUCUUGUGCAUCGUUCUUAGCCUGUUGCUAGAAGCUGGGCGUGCGACCAUGGACGAGGUACCAGCGGUUCCAGCCGGCCGAGCCGACACGCCGGGGGCCUCUCGGUUGCUUAUCCCGGAACCGGCUGCCUGUCCGCCAACUCAACAAGGGCCCAGUUUACCCUCACGAUCCGAAGAACUAGUCGAAACCUUUUACACCCAUCCUUCUGUCAAGAUCAUCUCGUUUACGACGAGUCAGCGCAUUCCUUUAGAUCCGCGACCCUCUUCUCAGGACGAUCGACCGGGCAAACCCCCGGCCUCGUCGCGCCUGGAGAGAACGAUUGCCAUCGGCCUGUUCCGCAUAUACCGCGCCCCGGGAUCGGUGGCCUUCCUAAGUUGCGGCUCGGCGCUGCAGCCCAUUCUACCGAAGAGCCAAUGCUGGUGUAUCGACGAAGAUAACAGCCGCUUCGUCCUACAGAUACGGCGGCCACAGUACUGGCGAAUUGAGCUCCCGGUUUCUAAGCCCGACGAUAAGGAACGCGCCUUGGUCUUAAGGGAAGUCUUCGAUAGGAUCCUGCUCUUUGAGAAAACAGAAUGUCCUUUUCAGAGGAGCUUUACGGUUGAACUCCCGGAACAGCCGUCAGUGAUAAAGAAGGCAUGGACACCAGAAGGCAAGAACCUAAUAUCAUCUCCUUUCUCACCUAUAGUGGUGCCGUCUCCCAGAGGCCUCCGUGGGCAGCGGCGAGCCAGCAUCUUUACCGACUGGAUCACGCCUACCGAACCCGAACCCGAUGCUGUGUUCAACGAAAGGCGUCGGAAGUCCCAGCCAGUGGGCGAUUAUCUCGGCGAUCAGGGGUCAUCAGAAAUGACGACGCCUGUACGGGAUAUCAUAGCAGCAUACUACAGCCGCCCUGAGCACCUGCCAGACCAAUGGCCCGAGCACUCGCAGAGGUCAAAAUUGGAAGACGCCUACCCGAUCGAUGCCGAGAGUGCCCUGGUCGAGUCUGAUAACGAGCAAUGUUUAAACACUCCAUCGAGAACGGUACGAGUUGGCGAUGAUACAGGUGGACGCGCGGAGAGGGAUAUCUCUCUCGAGUCUCCCGUUCCCAUGACCAUAAAGGCAGAAGCCAUAGGUGACGAGACAGCCGAUGAGCCUUCCUCCUUUGAAGGCUCUGGUCGUAUUGCUCCUAUCAAUCUCACGCGGAAACGGAUGAGCCGGGCGCUUGCCGGGCGCGCGUUUAACGUACCCUCCCCGCGCCCUGUCGUUUUAGCUUCAACCCCCUCGAGGUUGAGGAGGGAAUUAUCCGGUGCUACGAGCUCCCGCCCCUCGCCGCAGCGAUCACAACCUCCUGCAUUGCACGAAGGUUCUCGUUUCGGGCCUGCCGAUCCUUUCACCAGUGUUCAGUCAUGGCAUCCCCCUAUUACCCCAUUGCCGCCAUCACCGCCGUCGUCGCGGCCAGUAACACCGUCUCAACGAGAAUUCCCUCACCCUCACGAAAGCGUCGCCCUUCCUCGCCAGUCCUCUAGUGGGAAGGAUCCGCAAGCCCACGCUAGCCCGCCUGACGUGUCUGGAGCGCUCACACCGUGCGCUGAUAAAGCCGCUGGCCCUACCAACGCAAUAGCCUCUCCAGCACCACCAUCUGUUCCUAGUGAGGGCGAUAACGUAGUCGCGAUCUCUCUGCCUGAAGCCGAGGUUCCGCAUACGUCUGCUUUAGAGGAGAGGCCAGAAGGCCAGAAUUGGUCGCGACCACGUCACCAUAGUUUAUCUAUUAGCCGACAUGCCCUCUCGCCACUGCCUCCUGCUGCCGACUUUUUCUCGGCGCCUCAAAGGCAGGUCUCGCAGAGUCGCGUCGAAACCGCGAGUCGGGUACCGGGUACGAUCAUACAUAAGACGGUGGAAAUACUCCUGACGCCACCAAGUUACCUUGUUAAUACCAUGCUCAAGGUAGCUGCGAAAAUCGCCGCUGGUGAGUGGCGAGGCUUAGUCUUUGGGCUCGGUGAAGGCGGCGAGAAAAUCCCGGUCCAAUGGGACUACUCCGAUGGCGAAUUUAGCAGUUGGAGCGACGACGAUGACUACGCCGUGACUAGUGGCCGCAGUUGGGAAGUUGACUAGAGCGGGAUAGAUGGGUGCUUGUACUACUAUCCUUUUACGUAUGGGUUUGUAUAAUCU